UCGAAUUUCGAAUUCCUCCUCCUUCCUUCCCACUGCUCUCCCCUUCCCGAACCUUCGAGACCUCGCUCGCUCGCCGGCCCAGAUCCGAAGCGCCUCCCCCUCCGACCAUCUCAGCAACCGGUCCGCCGCGAAGGGAGACGAGCCGAGCCGCCCGCCGGCGCGCGCGUGGAAAGGGACCAGGGAGGGAGGGAUGGUCGCCCUGGAGCUGUACCGGAAUACCACCAUCGGCGUGAACCUCACGGCGACGCUGGACGAGAUGGUCUUCAGCGGCAGGCUCGCCCCCGAGCUCGCCGUCCGGGUCCAACUGCAGUUCGACGAGUCCAUGAGAGACGUGCUGGAGCAAAAGCUGACGAGCAGGGCUUCCUUCAAGGGCCAUCUGCACACCUACAGGUACUGCGACGGGGUCUGGAUUUUCAACCUGACAGACGCGACGUUCAGGAACGAGGAGAUGACACAGAACAUCGGCAAGGUGAAGAUCGUGGCCUGCGAUGCUAGUUUGAUGAAGCCUGAGGUGCCUCCGCAACAGUAGCUUGCCAGGAGUCCAGCCCUUUUUGACCAUAGUCCUCUUCGUGCUAGGCUAGCCGCCCCCAAAACUCAACAGUCGUGUUGAUAUCGCUUAUCUGGAAUGAUUUCACGAGCAUCUAGCUAGACAGACUCCCGUUGUGGACGCAGAGGAGUUAAAUCAUCUGGAGUAAUAUCGCUUAUGGAACGGAGAAUUCGGUCUCUUCUUUCUGUCGAUUAUAUGUCUUGUUGAUGGCCGAAACUAGUAAGAGUAGAAUGUGACAUGUUUGCGUAUUGCUAUCCUAGAUCUCUGUCUGUUGUAA